AUUCAACAAUCUAAGGAUGACAUUGACGUUUGUAUUCAAAACCUCUCUGAUCUAUUCAUUAAGCUAAUUUCUGGCGAUGGAAAGGUUGACAUAAUAAAUAAAUUGAUUCCAGAGUUAUUAAAGAUUUUCAAUGUCGAGGAGUUUUCUUCAAGGCUUGCUGAUGUUCUAUGGUUGCUUGAUGUCACGAUGUCUGACAUCGCUGAUGUCCAGGCUAAGGAACGUUUCUUAAAGGUUCUGUCGACAUGCAACAAUUCGAUAGAUUCCUCACUUCUUUUGGAGCGCUUAUCAGAUGAAACCCUGGAGCAGAUUUCCCUUAUCAGCUCUCAUUCUCAAACUCGAACUCGUUACGUUCGUAUCAAAACACGCUUAUUUUAUAAGCAGCAGAAGUUCAACUUACUUCGAGAAGAGAGUGAAGGUUAUGCCAAAUUGAUGAUUGACUUGAGCAAUACUCCAGUCAGUUCAGCCGAAGGUUGUCUCACUCAUGUUCGUUCUCUUAUCGGCUACUUCGACCUCGACCCCAAUAGAGUUUUGGACAUAAUUUUUGAUGUGUUUGAAAUUCGACGUGAUGCUGUCAGCCUCUUUAUUGAUCUUCUUCGUCUCUACAACCCCGAUAAAAUCGAUUCAACGAAUAUUCUGGGGCACAAGUUUCAGUUUUACCAGGAAAGAGAUUCCAUUACCCCAGAAUCUUUGCAUCGUCUUGCUGCUCUACUCAUUUCCUAUAAUUUGGUUGACGUUGACAUUCUUCUGGCUCAUCUGCUACCAUCAGAUGCGACUAUUCACGCAGGUCGAACGAAGAGUAUUCGUGAUGCGAAAUCCUGGCGUCCUGCUUUCCAAUCCUCGGGUUCUGCUAUUCAGGGGAGUUUGGACAGUUUCAUAGCUACGGGAAAUUCGACAACUGCUAAUGGAGGGAGUGGGAGUAUUUUAGGCGACGCUCCUUUAAGAAGUCUCCCCUCUAAUUCUGGUUCUUCAUCGAUUUCUGCCGUUGGGAACGGCGGCGUUGAACCAGACAAUUGGAAUGUCGGCACAACCUCCUUAGCUUCCAAUGGAAAACGUGGUGGUGAAGAGGAACAGGAAGAGAAGGGUGAAGGAUGGUCUCCGGAGAAUGAAAGUGAAGUUUUUGACUGUGGAGAAUUCCAGUUCGCAAACAACCAAAAGUUGGACCUUUGUGCUGCGUUAGUGAAUUUAGGUGACUGGAAAGCUGCCCAGAUGAUUCUAGACCGAUUUCCUGGUCACUGGAUCGCUUCUCAUCCAUCGACCAAUCGAGCUAUCUGUGAUCUGGUCCACUAUCUUAUUGAUCCUCUUUAUGAAAGCAACUCAACAUUACCACCGUCGCUUUUGAAGAAACGCAGGAAGCCUGCUUCACCAGAACUGUUUCGUACUCCCGAGAGCGCUGAAAGGCUAAAAGUUCAGCAGGCUACCAAUUUCACGUCUCUGGCUCGUGAAGUUCUGCCAAUUGUUGGUUAUCUGGGUCCUUAUCUUUCUCACGAUGUUGUUCUUAUGGUCAAAUUAUGUCGUACUUGCUCUGUCUAUGUCGCAGACUUGAUGAGCAAAAAUGGACCUUUGGGUAUCGUAUAUCAAUCUGUAUUUAACAUGCUUGAUGAGGCUAUUCUUCCUUCAUUAACUAUGGUAUCUUCAAACUGCUGUCUUGCUGAGGAAGUCUGGAAGCUUGUAAAGCAUUUUCCCUAUGAACACAGAUAUCGGCUUUAUGGACAAUGGAAACACAUGGGUACCCAGGGAGAGCCAGCCAUCAUAAGGAAACGUGCUGUUGUUCUCCUUCGAACCAAAGCCUUGAUGAAACGACUGAGCAAAGAGAAUGUGAAACAACUGGGACGACAUCUUGGCAAACUGUCCCACAGCAAUCCUGGUGUUCUCUUUGAUUUUAUGCUUCACAAUAUUCAAAUGUUCACUAAUCUCAUCACUCCCGUUGUCGAUUCUUUGAAAUAUGUCAGUAAUCUUGGCUACGAUGUACUUGCUUUUUCCCUUAUUGAGGCUCUAGCUUCAGACAAGAAUAAGACAGAAUCUAUCGAAAUGGGAAGUACCCUACAUGCUCUUGCAACUUUUACUGGGGCCCUCUGCAGAAAGUAUCAGUUUGAUCUAGCUGGUAUUCUUCAAUACGUUUUGAACCAACUCAAGGUUGGAAGGAGUGAAGACUUGCUUAUCCUACAAGAAAUUGUACACCAAAUGGCAGGAUUGGAUUCUUAUGAGGAGAUGACAGAUGAACAGCUGGAGGCAGCAACGGGUGGUGAAAUUCUACUUCAAGAAGGUGGGUACUACUCACAAAUCCGCAAUGCUCGACGAAAUGCCAACCGCUUAAAGGAGGCUCUAAUAGAGAACAAGGUCAUAAUGCCACUAAUUUUCCUAAUGGCCCGCCAAAGGGACGCUAUACUUUACAUUGACGAUCCGGAAAGGCAUGUGAAAACUGCAGGGAGGUUGUAUGAUGAGUGCCAAGGCACAUUGGUCCAAUUCAUCACCUUCCUGGGUCUUCAACUCACUCGUGAAGAAAUGCAGGCUCAAUGCUUCUCCCUUGAACAGAUGAUGAAGGAGUACUCGGUUCCGGCUGACACAGCCUUCUGUCUCUAUAGGAGUCUAUUCCUACAGAAUGUUGCUCAGCUCUUUGAGAAUUUGGUUGAAAAGUUGGGUGAUGAUGACAAAAGCGUUGCAGCUAAUAGGGCUGCUUAUGUUGAAGCUGCACACACUGUGAUAACCAAUGUGGCACGCUCGGUUGAACCCCUCUAUCCACCUCGUGUUUGGGUUGACCUCGAUUCUGCUUUCUUUUCCACUUUUUGGUGUCUCGAGACUGGUGAUCUUGUCUUCCCUUCCGCUGCCUAUCAACGGCAACGCAACGCUCUUCGCGCUCAAAUGGACUCCAUUGAUGCAAGUACAGAGAUGACUUCAGACAAGAAACGUAGGGAAAAAGAGCGCUGUCAAACUCUCAUAAAUCGUCUAGCUCGAGAACAAGACCAACGCAAAGUUCACGUAGAUCGGAUUCGAGCUUGGCUCCUCACUGAACGCAAUAGUUGGUUCCAAUCCACGUCUGCCACCAAAAUGGACACAGUAGCUCAAUUCCUCCAGUAUUGCAUUUAUCCUCGUGUUUUCUAUACUGCUAGUGAUGCAGUCUAUGCCGCUCAGUUCAUUCAGGUCCUACAUCAACUUAAGACUGCUCAUUUUGCAACGUUGAUUUGUCUUGAUAGGAUCUUCAAUGAUAUCACUCUUCCAGUGAGUAUUUGCACGGAGAAGGAGGCUCAUAGAUAUGGAAGAUUCUUGUGUAAAGUCCUUGAAUUUGUUAUGCGUUGGCAUUCUUCUGAGGAAAUUUUCAAUCAAGAAUGUGGACAGUACCCGGGAUUCGUGACGGUCUUCCGUAAGGGUCCUCACUCGAACAAUAAGGCAGAUCAGUUGCAGUUCGAGAAUUACCGUCAUGUAGUGCACAAAUGGCACUACCGAAUGACCAAGGCAGCGGUUGCUUGCUUAGAAUCUGGCAACUAUGCUCAGAUCCGCAAUGCACUCAUUGUGCUCACUCGAAUCCUGCCCUACUAUCCUAAAGUUGACCAAUUCGGAAUGGCCGUUGAACGCAGGGUCAAUAAACUCAAGGAGUCAGAGAAGGACAAACGACCGGAUCUUAAGGCAAUCAUGUCUGGGAUUUCUUAUUUUCCACUUACCUACGCCGGUUUGUUACGUCCUAUGAAGGAUACAUGGGUAACCGAGUCUCAAAUUCAUCUCAAGGAGCAGAGACCCGAUCCAGUCGCGAUUUCAUUGAGAAACCCACCAUCAGCUGCAAGCACCUCUCAACAGCAACAAGGCCAGACUACUGCAGCCUCUUCCUCUUCAGCUAACGCUGCGUCUUUGAGUUCUCAAACAACAACCAAAUCCUCUUCUCAAUUGUCAAAAUCCGCCGGUAACACUCCAACUGGUAACAAGACCGCCAAAACUCCAGCCACAAAUUCAGCACAAAAGCGUGUUGCUCCCUUUGAAGCUGGAAAUUCACCUUCAAUUGAGCACGUUUCUAGCGAUGAAUUGCGAGAAGGGAAGCAUCGUAAGACUUCGUCGGAUCGUGCUCAUUCUGCUAAGCGCGCAAGAAUCACAGAAUCUUCUCAGCAGCAGCAACAAGUUGACGAGGAUUCUUCUCCUGCUUCGCUCUCCUCGAAGGAUCUGCGUCGAAUGCAACGCAAGCGAUCUGGAAAUGCUGCUGGUGUGGAUGUAGAUGCUCGUGGUGCAAUAAGAGAGGGUGGUUAUUCUGAUCUUGAUGAUAUGCAUGGGGUCAGUGCGUCCCUUGCGAAGAGAUCUAAAAAGGGUGGUUCAAGUGGAGGUCGGGGAUUAUCUGAAGAGAGUAGUGCAGACCAUAGAGGGCGUCGUAGGUCACCGGCCGGAGGCAGCGGUGGAAGUCAUCGCCAUCAUCGAUCUACUCAUCGGGGUACCAGUGAGGGUUCACCCCCAACUAUGGCUGCAGCCGCCGCCGCGCAAAUGCGUCAUGCCAGGAAGUGA